UCGUUUUCACAUCAAAGUGAAGCCUCCCUCUCUCUCGAGCAUCUGGAGGAUGAGAGAUGGUGGGUUUGAGUGUUGUUUUGGAGGGUCAAAGGAGUGGGAGCAGCAGUGUCCACAGCAAGAAGAGCCCACAGGUCAUCAACAAGGCCACCAUGUCCAUGGUGAUAAACGGCGCAGCCCCUCUUUCUCCAACACCCACAUCAUCAUCAUCAUCAUCAUCAUCAUUCUGUCGUAGAAACUCUCUGCCCUUCAGUGUUUUCCCAGCAACUGCUUUCUUGGACCAGUGUUUUCUCUGCAAGAACAAGCUCUUGCCAGGCAAAGACAUUUACAUGUACAAGGGAGACAGGGCAUUUUGUAGUGUGGAGUGUAGGUGCAGGCAAAUCUUCAUGGACGAGGAAGAGACACUGAGGAAAGACAACUGUUCAAUGGCUGCCAUAAAACCCACUUCCUCCUCAUCAUCUUCCUCUCCAUCUUCCUCUAGGCACAGCAAAGGAACCAGAAACAAACCUGGUGGUUUUGCUUACUGAGUCUCUACAAGAGAGAGAGAGAGAGGGAGAGAGAGAGAGAGAGAGUGAUUGUGCAAGAUCAUCGAGAAAGAACCAAAAGAAGAGAAAAAUUUCUUUUGCUCUUUUCUUUUUCUGGGGGAGGUUUUUGAAGUGCACUAGUUUUAACUUUUUUCUCUCUUUUGUUUCACCCUUUGGCCUUUAAUCUGUAGUGAAUUUCACAUCCUCCUGUUUCUUGUCAUUUGUUUUGCUUCCUGGUAUGAAGCCAAAAGUGCCUUCCAA